AAUAUAUUCAUUUGAUACGAACCUUAACCUUCACUGACCCUUUCUCUCUCUCUCUCUCUACUCUCUUCUUUUUCUCUCUCUGUCGGCGAUGCAGAGGCUAUCGCUAGAGUCAUCAGCUUCGAAGCUCCAUCAUAGCUAUGGAGGACGAAAGGACGACGCCUAUGACAUCGAUGAUUUGAAACCAGUCUCUUCAGCCACUCCUUGUUCGUCGACUUCCGCCGCAGAUUACGACGAUCACGAGCUCAAAAAGGACUUAAAGCCGCGACGGUUAUCAUCGCUGCAGUCUCCUUUCGCGACGACGAAUCAGAACCGAGAGAAGCUCGUUCACUUCAUCCCGAUUCUCACUCUCGUCUGCUUUAUCAUCCUCUUCCUCACUUCUCACACUCCAUCUCAAUCAGAUUUGGCUCAGUUUAAUGGAUUCAUGCGUCCUUCGAAACAUCUAGAAUCAGACGAAAAUCGCGAGGAAAUCUCAGGAUAUAUCAGAGCAGAUACGCUAGCCAUCCGUACUAGUGUAAGGAACCUUAAAGAGACGGAAAGCUUCCCGUCGAAAUCACUUCCGCGUCGCCGGACAUCUCACCGGAAAACCGCAGACUUCUAGCUGAUGUUAAUUUUUUAGAAUUUGUUUUCCUCCGUCACAUAUUGCAUGUGGAUUUGGUCAUUGCGAUUUCAAAAUAAAAUUUCUGUUAUAACUAAAAUGGGAUAGAAGGAAAAGAUCAAAAAAUCGAAUAAAAAGCCUCGCCGACGAUGAGAAAGAAUAAUAUAACCGUCAUGCUAGAUUGCGCUCUUGUUAAAGUUUCAGGCGUAGGUUUACACAA